AUGGCGGCUGAGGCAAGACGAGAAGCUCGCCGAAAGAGAAUAUUACAAAACUCCGAUUCUCGCCUUAAAAGAAUCUUAGAUAGCAAAUCAUCUGAAGCAGUUAUUGAUGAUGAGUCUACAGGUUUGUUAUCUGGCUCAUCKAAUUUUGGUAAACCAUUUGCAGAGCCGAAUUUUGUAGAAACCCUGGAGGAUCAAUCGUCACGAGAAAUUCAAACAGAGUCUAAAGAAAGGACCGAUAAAACAGAAGCAAAUAAUCAAUUAGGUGCAUCUGCACGAGAUGUAUGUCAGGAAAGUGAUCAACCGCUUAGAAAACGUASAAGAGAGGUACAAGAGUGCGAUGGAAACGAAGGAAACAGUGAUAGAUUAAAGUCUCGCAAWCCUGUCAAACGAGAAAGAUUCACUCUUGAUACUUGGUUACGAUUUGUUUUAAAURUCAUCCUAGCUCUGUURCUKGUUCUUUUGUCGACAAAGUAUAACAUACAACAGAACUUCUUAGUUCCAUGGAUUGCACUACAAGUUUUGAUGUUCUUUCUGCCUACAGGUAGACAGGACGUUUCUUCAAACUGGCUAACCGUUCUGCAAGUAACCUUACAACUCAGCGGUAUACCAUCGCACACGACUAAAGGGAUUACCUACUUUCUGAAAGCCCUAAUCAGAGCGCUCGAACCGCGAUAAACAAACCGUAACUAAGGUAACUAUCUCAACUAAAAUGAUGAAGAUCCACUUGUCUUAAAAGUAAGAAACYAGCGCUAGUUUAUAAGGUCUUUCUCUGCCUUUAUUAAACCUAUUUCUAUUUCUCUCAGAUCAGCUAUACUCGAAKACAGACACUAUAUGACUUUGAAAUUAUGAACUUAUUAACUUUCUUACUUAUUUUUGAAAGUAAGAUCAAAAACGAYCAUUCGGACAUCAUGUAAAGGAAAAAAAAAAACAAAAAAAUAUGAAUUCUAUAAUUAAUUUCGACCAACAAUUCUCAUGUCAAUAACUCGAGAAAGAUUAAUUGAAUAUAUGCAAUCGACGCUGACAAUAAUAUACGAACAAUUUCGAUUUUAAUUAAAAUGGUGKGAAUUGUCUUUUAUUUCAUUUGGAAUUAAAUUGCGUUUUUCAUAUUUUUUACCCGCACCAUUACCAGGCUUCACUUUUUCCCUUCAAACUAAAUAUAGAGACUGCUAGAGUAGAUGGACUAAAUGAUUAUCAAAAUUGUAUAUUGAUUGUAGUUGAUAUUACAAAAUUAAUGAAUCAAAAUACCGACGGUAUAAGAGUUGAAAAGGUCUAUAUUCAUGUACAAAUGUAAAACUUCUGUUGAAGAUACUACGAUCAGAUCGACAUAACAUGCCCACUGCACUACCAAACUAUUUUGCACUUUAUAAUUUCAGUGCUUUCGUAAUCACGAUAUUUUCCUUCGGGCGAAAACAGCAAUCGAAAAUACCUUUAACUAUAUUGUAUAAACAAAAAUUGAGUAUAAUUCAGUUCUGAAAAAUAAAUACAGUAAUUGUCAUUACUGUUUUUAACUUGUGAUUCUUUUUGUCUAGAUUUAGUAUUCUGUAAAAGAUAUUUCAUGGUUGAUUCCCCUUUGAAUUAUAGCAAUAUCCAUGAAUUUACUAUGCAUGUAUACGAUCGAAUAUCCGACGAGGCCAUUACCGCAAAUAAUAGAGCCAUUAUGGAAAAAAUCGCUUGGAGAUAAGAGUAAAAUGGAGUCAUAUCAGUUUGAAAGAUAGCCGUCUUAUUUGUCGUCCUACUUUGAACAUAUUAUUAGAUGCAUGACCUCCCCCCUCCUAAAAGCGAACCUUAAAGUAAGGAUAAAGAAAGUAGCACAUGGUGUCCGGGGGAGGGAGGGGGCUUUUUAGGAUUUCGAUUUAAUUUUCACUGGUGAUAACCAAGGAAGUAAAAUGAGAUAAAAGGUCUGUUUUUAACUUCUUUCGCCGUUUUUAAAGGUAUUGAAAGACCUUUAUUUGGUGCGAAAAGCACAGAAAAAAAACUUGAAAAAAUUCAAGAAAGAAUACGAGAGAAGAUUAAAAACAACUAAUCAUAUCUGUUUUUGACGUUUACGCCUGAAACGUGUARGUAUAUCGUGACCGUGUCAGCUUCAUGUUUUGAGUUCUCAUCCGCUUUUGUGGAGGCGAUCUUACUUGAAAUUAAUAAGACCACGGACGAUUGGUCGCCCGAUUAGGAAAAUCCAAAAUCCGGCCAAAAGCAAUUAACAAAGGAGUUAACCGUUCACGAUCGGCAAGGGUUUUCCGGCCAGUUUAUAUAUCUAGAACGAAAAUGUUAAUUAAGUCUGUCAGGUCGUGGAAGUUUCAAGGCUUUUUUCAGUUGAUAUUGCGAAAUAUUGCGAAAUAUCCCAAA